AGACCAUAAAAGGGAAUCCUGGAUGAUAAAAGCAAAACAUAAAGUUAAAAUUUACUUUUUGUCUUUUAAACUUAGACUGAUUUUUAUUUUUGAGAACUUUGGAGCAAAUGUUAAAAAGUCUUUUGAGUGACUUCUUGUUUCGCGUGAUAGCCACCCCCACCAGACUCCUCCUCGUGGUUUGGGUUGAUGUGAAACUUGCAGCUCUCGUCAUUAUGCAAACUUCUGUCAGACAAAGCAGCGUCAGCCCGUGCUGGAAGUAGAAGGCAGAAGUUCGAAAUGUGGAUCGCUCUAGUUCUGUUCUCAUCCGCUUGCUUCUCUUUGUCCCAAACUGUUAAUUGGUGUGAAAAUGUCCAAUCUGAUUGUCAAAGCAGUAAUUUCUCAAGAUGGCCUGAGUGUUAUGAGGAAAGAAUUAUGACAUGUAUACCGCGUAGACGACGAAUUCCAGGUUUUGUUCAAAAGGAUGUAAACACAUCAGAAGAGGUUGUUGUAGAGGUUACACCUAAUGUCAAGAUUUGGAUCCCACCCUCAGCUCUGCAGAAAAGCAGAGGAGCUGAAACGAAGGGUAAUGUCAGGAUGGUGGCCUCCCUGCUCAACAGCACAUUUUUCAAGAGCCGCCCUCAGAGAAAAGGAAGGACGGGGUCGCCGCAGCAGCCGGACGACAAAGAAGACUCUAUUUUAGAUUGGAGAGUGCUGUCAGUGAGGAGUGGAACAAGUCCCGUCAAAAAUCUCACUGAACCCAUUAAGUUAACCUUCAAAUCCACCGAAAAGGUUGAACGAGGGAUUUGUGUUUUCUGGAAGAUGCCAGAGAAGCUCGGUGAAACAGGUAAAUGGAGCACAGACGGCUGUCAGACCAAUCGCAGCGGAAACGAGUUUAUUUGCACCUCCAACCACAUGAGUUUUUUUGCUGUUCUUGUGAAUCCAGACAUAUCAGUGGAUGCAAAACAAGUCGAGAACCUCAGUUACAUCACCUAUGUGGGAUCAGCACUUUCCGUCGUCUUUGCAUCCAUCAGCUUAGUGAUCUACAUUUGCACUCUUCGGCGGGGGCGUUCUGAAAAAGCCAUCGGAAUACACAUGCAGCUGACGGCGGCGCUGCUCUUCCUCCACUUCAGCUUCCUGCUCAGCAGCUUGUGGUUUCAGAUGCUGAAAAAUCAAGACGACGGCUGGAUUUGCAGGGGUUUGGGUCUCAUCUUACACUGGUCUCUGCUCGCCACCUUAACCUGGUUGGCUCUGGAGGGUUUCCACCUCUACCUUCUCCUCGUUCGAGUCUUCAACAUCUACGUGAGGAGAUACGUGCUCAAGCUCAGCCUGCUGGGAUGGGGUUUUCCAACUCUGGCUGCAGUGGCUUGCGGGAUUUCAGGUGUUUAUGGAAAAUUUGAUCUGGAAUUUCAAGAUAGUAAGGACUCCAACUCAACAGCCCCAAUGUGCUGGAUGAGCAGCGAGUUCAAACACAGGCUGGUGGUCGGCUACGUGACGGUGGGCUUUCUUUGCCUGGUGGUGCUGUACAACGCUUGCAUGCUGGCGCUGGUGGUCUUUAAACUCUAUGGGAUUAGAAGUGGAAGAAGAGGGCAGGGUGGAUGGAACAAGAUGAAACUAGAGAACGGAUCCCAACUGUGGAAGGACUGCGCCACCGUCCUGGGUCUCAGCUUUGUGCUGGGCUUACCGUGGGGUCUUACCAGCACCACAUACGUUUCUCUUACCGGAAUCUACGCUUUCACAAUACUCAACUCCUUGCAGGGUUUGUUUAUGUUCCUGUGGUCUGUGGCUUUGUCAUGCAAGUCUCAGUCUGACUGCAGCUCUACCGUCAAAGACCCGUCAUCACAGAAAAUGAUGAGUACCAGCUUCUGAGGGAUUUAAAGAAAAGAAGAGCUCAUCGUUUAUUGCCUAUAUUAGGUGCUGACUGGUCGUUUGCUUAGUUCAAGGGUCUGCAACCUGCAGCUCCGAAACCACACGUGGCUCUUUUAUCUUUCCAUUGUGAGUCUCUGGUCAAAGAAAAAUAAGUUUUAAAAGUCUAUUUUAAAGUAAAAAGUAUGUUAGUAGUAAAAUAAAAAAAGGAAAGGUACUCAAAGUUGGGUCAACUCAUUCAACACUUGAAGGACAGAAGUUAUUCACCAGGCACCUGACAAUGCUAGCCUUAAUUCUCCAACAAUCCUUCUUUUACCAACAUCGUACUAAAAUAUUUUGACAGAUUUUUGAGCUACUUUUACGACAAAAAAAAUCAAUUUGAAGUCAGUAAACACAACUAGCGCUAGAUUAAACUAUAAUCUGCAAGAUUAUAAAGUAGAUUUUCUACUUUUGAACAAAUUCAAGGAUCUUAGGUGCACCUUGUGGUUUGAAAAUAUGGUAAAGAAUACUCAAUUAGUUUUUAUUUUAAUUUAAUUUGUUAGAUUUUCACAUUUCUGGCUAGGAUGCACCACAAAUGGUAAAUACUCUUUUUUUUUUAUUACUGCUGAUGUUACACUACCUAUUACUAAAAUGUGCUGCAUUGAAAUGAUCUUAUAUGGCCCAGGAUGUCUUUUAUUUUGAAAGGAAGUCCAGUAGACCUAUCAAAAGUUAAAUUAAAAAGCUAUUUUUUUCUCUUUAUGUUUAUGUUUUAUCAAUGCCAAAAAAAAUUAACAUUUGGGUUGUUGUUGCUGAGAAAUGAACCCGAAUGGCUCUUUAAGUGUUGAAGGUUGCAGACCCUUGUUCUAGUUGUAUGGAAGAGAGUAUAGGAAUAUACUUUCCAUCAAACUAAUUUGACAGGUGACCUUUGACCCUAUACCAGUCAAUCACAUUUUUUAAAAUGUAUAUAAAUUAAUACAUCAUCUAUCCAAAAAUGUGAUUGCCAGCUGUGGGGUCAAAGGUCACCUUUCAAAUUAGUUUGAUGGAAAGUAUAUUCCAAUGCUCUCUCAUGCAAUUCAGUGUAAUUUUUUAUUUUUUUCUGUUUUUACAUGUUUUUUGAUGAAUGAUUUUACACAGAAUAUCUUUUAUAAAACACAAGAGGGGAACUUUUUUACAAAUAUUUUGUCUUUUACAAAUACAUUUUUUAUAGACUUUGUAGAUAAAAAGGUGAAGUGAAAUAAAAAGUUGACAAAUACUUUGUCUCUGAGUCAUGUGCUGUAGCUUUGGUUGGGAAAUAUUUCAACAUUUGUACAUGACAUAUGUUCGAUUAUGUCAGACCUAUUCGUUUCUGAUGUCUGUUAAGAUUGGGGUUACCUUACUUUCUACAGCUACGUUUUUCCACAAGAGUCUGCUUUCUGUUUCCUCUCUGAGGGCGGAACACCGUCAUCGUA